AUGCCACCAAAAGGAUCAUCAGUUGCCAAGAAGGAAGGUUCCGCCGCCUCAAAGGACAAAGCCACUACCCCAAAGGUCGCCAAGACCCCAGCCGCCGAUGGUGAAAAGCCAAAGAAGAAGAAGAAGAAGGCCGAUUACACUUCCUUCUCGAUCUACAUCCACAAGCUCCUCCGUCAAAUCUCCCCAUCCUCUGGUGCCACCGAAGGAGGCAAGGGAUCCGGAAAGAUCACUAUUUCUUCAAAGGCUAUGGACGUUAUGAACUCUUUCGUCCACGAUAUCUUUGAACGUAUCGCCACUGAAGCCGGUCUCCUUGCUCGUAAGAAGAAGAGAUCUACCCUCCACUCUCGUGAUAUUCAAAUCGCCGUCCGUAUCAUCUUGUCUGGUGAAUUGGCCAAGCAUGCUAUCGUCCAAGGUAUGGCUGCUGUCACCAAACUCUACAAUGGAGGGUCUGCCAUCAUGCUCAAUUCCUAUAUUUUGACGCUGGCCAGUGUAUUCCUUUUAGACGGCUGUGAAAUGAAUAUUUACAAUGUUACCAUAAGUAAUAAUACUUCCCCUGAUUCUCCCUUUGUAUGUAAUAUAUAUAUAAUAAUCAAUAUUUUCUUUGGAAUCAAUGUAAAUGGAACUGGAAACAUUGAUACCACCUCAGUUAAUAAUCAAGAACCACCACUUGUACAGUGUAAUCAGUUUAAUGGCUGUCUCUUCUAUGGCAGCAGUGACUAUAAUCUUUGUAUUGAUGAUAGUUCAAACAACAACAACAACAACAAUGGUGGUCGUUGA